CUCUUUUUCCCGCCCGACUCAAGUACAGUCCCUAUUGCCAUUUUUUUCUCUUCCUCCAAAAAUUUGCAAGGAAAGUAAAUGCUGCAGAACCAAUGAAUCGGAUUACUCCUGAAGCAACGUAUGAGGCUGUGGUUGCAGACCCUGAGCUUUUCAUGGCUUCCUUGAAAAAGCUGCACUCUGACUUGGGUACUAAAUUCAGGGUUCCUGUUGUAUCAGGGAGAAUCUUGGACUUGCACAAGCUUUUCGUUGAGGUAACCUCUCUUGGUGGUAUCAAUAAGGUACUUGUUGAAAAGAAAUUGAACGAAGUCGCUGCUACAUUUGAUUUUCCUCCAACAGCAACAAGUGCAUCAUAUAGACUGCACAAACACUACAUGUCGCUGCUUUACAAUUACGAGCAGGCCUAUUACUUAAGAUCUAAUGACCAGAAUCCUCCAGGUUUUGCUCCCAUCUUUUUCUCUCUCUCUCUCUCUCUCUCUCUCUCUCUCUCUCUCAUGAAUAUAUUGCAAAAUCUGAGCAAAACCCUUUUCUUUUGUGUUGUUAUCUCUUCAGGAUCUCUAACUGGUUCAAAUGUGACUGAAGUGGUCGACAGGAUAUCAAAAAACGGAUAUCUUGAAGCUGUACCAAUGAUAUCAGAGCAGUUUAAAGAAGCUCUGUAUCAUCAGCUUCUUCGACAAAACACAGUUGCUCAUCAACAAAGUCGUGGUGUUUUCCCCAACACUUGGAACAAUAAUGCCAUGAGAACUGAAAAGGAAGAGUACAAAGCGAAGCUUAGGACAGGACAGCUCACAAGUAACGCUGUUCCACUGCAACAGAGGCUUCCAGAGCAAAAUGUAGACAGGGCUGAAGCUGAACUUCCAAUAGCAGAAGCCGAAGAAGAGGAAGGCGAAUCUGAUCCCAAACUGGAAGAGAUAGCUGUAGCUCCUAAUGAGAAAACUGGCGAUGUUGUGAUUAAACAUCUCCAGUGA